AUGCCUGAUGACGGAACCGGCGUCAUCCAGAUCGAUCCUUGGCUCGAGCCCUACGCCCCGGCCAUCCGCAAUCGCUACACUGAGUACAAGAAGGCCCUCGACUUUAUCAACCAGCACGAGGGUGGCCUUGACAAGUUCAGCCAAGGGUAUAAGACUCUCGGUUUCACCAUCGACGACAAAGGCGGUGUGACCUACAGGGAGUGGGCGCCUGGUGCGACAGAGGCCCGCCUUAUUGGCGACUUCAAUGGCUGGUCGCACACCGCCAACCCCAUGACCAAGUCGCAGUUCGGUGUGUGGGAGUGUUACGUUCCUCCCAAGAGCCCGGGUGUGCCGGCCAUCCCUCAUGACUCCAUGCUCAAGAUCUCCAUGACCACUCCGAGUGGCGAUUCUAUCGACCGCCUGCCUGCGUGGAUCACCCGCGUCACUCAAGACCUGAAUGUCUCUCCAGUUUAUGACGCGCGCUUCUGGAACCCGCCGGAGGCGGAGACGUACAAGUUCAAGCACGGACACUCGACCAACCCUGUUGAUGGCCUCAAGAUCUACGAGGCGCACGUCGGCAUCUCCAGUCCUGCUCAGCGUGUGACUACAUACAAAGAGUUUGAGAAUGACGUUCUGCCACGCAUCAAGGCCCUUGGCUACAACACCAUUCAAAUGAUGGCUGUCAUGGAGCAUGCUUAUUACGCUUCGUUCGGAUACCAGGUCACGAGCUUCUUUGCCGCUUCGUCCCGCUACGGCACUCCGGAGGACCUCAAGAGUCUUAUUGACAAGGCCCACGGUAUGGGCAUCACAGUGCUCCUCGACGUCGUCCACUCGCAUGCAUGCAAGAACAUUCUCGAUGGACUCAACAUGUUUGACGGAACCGACCACUGUUACUUCCACGAGGGAGCACGGGGCAGACACGACCUGUGGGACUCGCGUCUCUUCAACUAUGGCCAUCCGGAGGUUCAGCGUUUCCUACUCUCCAACCUUCGUUUCUGGAUGGACGAGUUCAAGUUCGAUGGUUUCCGCUUCGACGGUGUUACCAGCAUGAUGUACAAGCACCAUGGCAUGGGCGUCGGCUUCUCAGGUGGCUACCACGAGUACUUUGGAGAUGACGUUGACCUCGAGGCUAUGACCUACCUUAUGCUCGCCAACAAGAUGAUCCACGACUUGUAUCCCCAUGCCAUCACCAUUGCGGAGGAUGUCUCCGGCAUGCCGACGCUGUGUCGCCCUGUUCCAGAGGGUGGUGUUGGCUUUGACUACCGCCUUUCCAUGGCCAUUCCCGACAUGUGGAUCAAGAUCCUCAAGGAACAGUCGGACGACGAGUGGGAGAUGGGCAACAUUGUCCACACGCUUACCAACCGUCGCCACCUCGAGCGUAGCGUCGCCUACGCCGAGAGCCACGACCAGGCCCUGGUCGGAGACAAGACGCUGGCGUUCUGGCUGAUGGACAAGGAGAUGUACGAUUUCAUGUCCGUUCUCUCUCCUCUUACCCCGAUUAUCGACCGCGGCCUGGCCCUCCACAAGAUGAUCCGGUUCAUCACCCACGCCCUCGGUGGUGAGGCCUAUCUCAACUUUGAGGGUAACGAGUUCGGCCACCCCGAGUGGAUGGACUUCCCCCGUGAGGGUAAUGGAAACUCGUUCGCCCACGCUCGUCGCCAGUUUAACCUUGUUGAUGACGACCUCCUCCGUUACAAGUUCCUCAACCGCUUCGAUGGUGCCAUGAACAACCUGGAGAGCAAAUAUCGCUGGCUGAGCGCGCCUCAGGCGUACGUUUCCCUCAAGCACGAGGGCGACAAGGUUAUUGUCUUUGAGCGGGCCGGUCUGCUCUUCAUCUUCAACUUCCACCCUACCAACUCUUUUACCGACUACCGUGUUGGAGUUGACCAGCCUGGCAAGUACCAUGUCGUCCUCAACACGGAUGAUGAAGCUUUCGGCGGCCACUCCCGUGUCGACGGUUCUGGGGAGUACUUCACCACGGAUAUGGAGUGGAACGGCCGCAGGAACUUUGUUCAGGUCUACAUUCCUUCGCGAUCCGCUCUCGUUCUUAGCCUGUAA